UGAGCAGAGGCUCGGCUCGGCGCUGCGAGGGGCGCAGAGCGCGGGGCCCGCUAGCCGGCCGAGCGCGGUUUUGGUGGGACCGGUGUUCCCAUCCUGGGACUCUCUCGUGGAGCCGAGCCUGGCCAAUAGGCGCAUGAGGAAGAAGAGCAGGGAAAUGGACUGCUAUUUGCGCCGCCUCAAACAGGAGCUGAUGUCCAUGAAGGAAGUGGGUGAUGGCUUGCAGGAUCAGAUGAACUGCAUGAUGGGGGCGCUGCAAGAACUGAAGCUCCUGCAGGUGCAGACAGCACUGGAGCAGCUGGAGAUCUCUGGAGGGGGUCCUGCUCCAGGCUGCCCUGAAAGCCCCCGGACGCAGCUCGAGCCCCCUCAGUGGGAGGGUGGCAGGGGUCCUGCCGGGCCUGCGGGCUGCCCCCCCUCCAGUCAACCCUCUCUGGGCAGCAGCGCCAAGCUUCCAUCUCCUAGGAGUGUGUGUGGGAGGGAUCUGGCUCCCCCGCCCAGGACACGGCUGCCAGAGCACCAAAGCUGUGCCCAGCGGGGGCCAGAGCUGGUGGAACCGGAUGACUGGACCUCCACGUUGAUGUCCCGGGGCCGGAAUCGACAGCCUCUGGUGUUAGGUGACAACGUUUUUGCGGACCUGGUGGGCAACUGGCUGGACUUGCCGGAACUGGAGAAGGGUGGGGAGAAGGGUGAGACCCGGGAGGCAGGAACCCCCAAAGGAGGGAGGGGCCAGCCGCGGGAGCUGGGCCGCAGGUUUGCCCUAACAGCAAACGUCUUUAGGAAGUUCUUGCGUAGUGUGCGGCCUGACCGGGACCGGCUGCUGAAGGAGAAACCAGGCUGGGUGACACCCACGGCCUCUGAGCCCAGAGCCGGACGCUUGCAGAAGGGCAAGAAGCGGGGCCAUUCCAAGGGCUCUGGACAUUUCCCCUUCCCAGGUGCCUCGGAGCCCAGACGAGGGGAGAAUCCUUCCACCAGCUGCCCCAAGGCCCUGGAAUCCUCACCCUCUGGCUUUGAUGUUAACACAGCGGUUUGGGUCUGAAUCCUAGAGAUAGAAAUUUGACUGACCCAGAAAGGCUGGGUCCCAGUGCUGGGCCCCUGGGAAAGAGGCCGGGUGGUAUGGCUUUCAAAAGCCUAACUCCAAGUCCCUUCCGCCGAGAAGGGAAGGAGACGGAGCAGAGCGUCUGGAGCAGAGCUGACAGGGCUGUAGUUGGGCGAGGCUGUGCUAGGGGCUGGCUGGUGGGGGAGGCGAGAGUUCCUGGACAGACAGAGAGAGAGAG